AUGUCUCCUUCUCCCGCACCGCAAUAUAGUAAGAAAAAAAGUUCCUUGGUGCGACCUUUUAACUUGGAUACACCACUCGCAUACUUCUUUCAUCCAAAGGAUCAUGUUCAAAGCACCAUGGAUAGAGACAGCGACUUGGAGGAUGAUACCUCCAUCUUUGUGGGGAGACGACAUGAGCUAACUGAGAGAUUGGAGGAGGACCCUUACGAUUUACUCCUUUACCUCGAACGAGCCGGUGUCUAUAGCGAUUUGGGAUAUCCCGAUCUGGCCGCGGGUGAUAGUUAUCGCGCUCUGUUGUUAUGCGAUGAAUUGAAGGAUGAGAGUUUUGAAUAUCAUGAACAGGCUCUGGAGGCGUUUAAAUCUCGACUCGCGGAAGGCUUUUCGGACGAUAUUUUAAAGAGACAUGUUCAGCGAUCCUUAGAUGCAAGCGAUGAUACCAUUGAGGGCAAGGGAAUUCAAAAGGUGGAUGUUGAUCGCGUGGAUGAAGAAGUUUAUAUGCGAAUUGCAGAUAAGGCUGCUUUGCGAUGUUAUCAAAAUCUCUCUUUGAGUCUUCUAUUAUGCGGUUGCUUGAAGAGUGCUUAUGAUUUUUGCAGCAGAGGAUUAAAGGUUGCGCCGGAUGAUGAGGAAUUGAAUCAAGUGAAGGAUUAUAUUUUCAAUAUGGCGAAGAGGAGGUUAAAGACUGAUAAGGUGGAUAUUUCUGAGUUACCCGAUCAGGGGUUGGUACGACGCGAAAUAUAUCCUUGGAAUAACCACGAACCGAAUCGUUUCUCGAAAGAAUCUCUCGACUUUUUAAAUCAGGAAUUACAAGCUAUAUCUUCGAAAGUGGAGGUUAGGGCCGUCGAAUUACCUACACUUGUCGAAGCUGCUAUUGUUCAGGAUGAGGAUGGUACUAUACCAACGAACAAGCAAUUGGGACUUUUCGCAACAGAUGAUAUUCACCCUGGCGAAACGGUUCUGGAAGAAGUUUCCGUUUUGACUGUUAAUAAUCGUCUGAAGGAUGCACUUUGCGAUGCUUGCAGUACACCUUUACCACCGUUGGGUAAAAGUAGCACGGUAGUAGGAUGUCCUGAUUGCUAUGACAUCAUGUUCUGCAACGAGACCUGUCUCAAUCUCGCAUUAGAAACCUAUCACCCCGCCAUAUGCGAAAAAGACGUCGACAACAUCUCCAAAGAUCCAGAUCCUAAAGAAUCUCCUAAUGCUCUCUAUCUUUUACUUCUCGCUCGUGCAUUGGCCAUGUCAGCAACUCAAGAAGUACAUCCUCUCGACCUCAAAGAAGUAAAAUUCAUCUGGGGUGAUUUUCUCGAUUCGGCUUCGAAUGCAGUCCCUAUUUCCUCAAGAUCAGAACCUCCACCAGUUUGGACUCUCCCGUUUUCUUUCUCAAGCAAUAUCUCCACACCUCUUCAUAUCCUCGAAAAAAUGGACAUAGAUAUUUUUGCCGAGCUCGCUUCAUAUGAUCUCUGGAUCCUGAAUACUCUCUAUAGUAAAUUCCGUGGUACGGCAUCGGCGAGAGUUAAUACAACGACAGGGAUGCCCGAAGUGGCGGCUGUCCAUUCAAUGUGGUGUUUGGCAAAUCAUAAUUGUGAUCCAAAUGUACAGUGGGAAUGGGGAGGAAGAAUGAAAUUGUGGUGUAGAGAGAAAAGGAUCAGUGGGAAAGGAGGUGUAAAAAAGGGAGAAGAGAUUUGGAAUCAUUAUUGCGAUAUUGAAUUACCGGUUAAGGAGAGGAGGGAAUGGGCGGAGGGGAGUCUGGGUGGUUGGUGUAUGUGUGAGAGAUGUAGGAGAGAGGCGGGGGAAAUUGGUGAUGAAGAGGGGGAAAGGGUUAAUGGAUACGCGGAUUUAGAUGAGGAUUCAAUUACUCCUACUGGUGCAGAGACGGCUGGAGAACGUAUAGUAAAUGGAUAUGUAGAUGGGGAAACGACAUCGCAGGAGAAAGAUAAUUCACUGCCAAAUGGUAUCUGA